AAAGUUUUUGAAGAACAUAAAAUAUAUCCAGUUGCAUAAUCAAGUUCUCCUAAACUCAUUCAAUUCCUAUUUCCUAAGAAUUUAAAGUUAAUUUUUCAAAAAUGUCGUCGGGUAAUAUCGUUCCGAAGAAAAGCAAGGCCUCGGUAACUUCUUCGGAGAUCAAUCUUUCGGCGGCUCUUCAUGUGACUCAAGUGCAAACCACCGAAGAAGAUGAGCCCUUCUACUUUUACAAUGGUCCUCCCAAAACGUCAAAGACGGAUCUUGUGGAGGAAGAACCGCACAGAGCUGCCCUGGAGGAUUUUGUGCCCAGGACACCGCCUUUCGUGGCCAAGAUCAGCAACCUCCCGAUGGAAUGCAAUGAAAGGGAAUUGCAAAAGGUGUUUGCCAGUUUUUCGAUCCGUUCUCUGACUGUUCCCAAAAAGGGAAAACGUCCCAAGGGAUAUGCCCUGAUGGAGCUGGAAACUAGGGAGGAUCUUAUCCAAUUGCUAUCAUUGGAGAAAAAGUGUCGGGGUCGCUUGCUCUACACAACAGUAUACAUGGAUGCUGAGAUGCCAGUAAAGCCUGGUGGCAGUGGAGACGCUCCCUUUACCCCAAGGAACUCAAUAACGCCCAGGACACCCAGUAUAUCAGGAACGGUAACGAGCGAAACUGAUGACAUUUCCUCACAUUACUCGGCGAGUAUUAGUAACCUCAGCGAGGUAGAAUCUCCUCGGUGCUCUAGCAGCGAAAUGUCCUUCUUCACUCGGGAUUCCCCCAUCAAAAGGACCCCGAGCAGUAUCGAAGACUCGGAGAGGAAAAUGCACAUUCGUCUUCAGAAACUGGCAGAGUUCGAAAAUGCCCAAACUGAGAGAUUCGAGAACUCAUCCCCGUCUGAUGACCCAGAAGCCUUCAACAUGGCCUGGAGCGAUAUCCUUAAUGAGGUAAAGAAAAGUGAAGAGCUCUAGGUAGUUGUGUUUU